AUGACAUCAAUCAAGAGUUAUGUAGAUUCCAUCUCGGAAUCUAUCGACUUUUACUUUGAAAAAAGAGAUCAAAGGGUAAUGUAUUGGCCAAUGAUGGAAAGACCACAUGAAAUGUUUUAUGUUGUAUUUGCCUAUUAUGCAUUUGUAGUGAUUGGCAAAAAAGUGAUGGCCAAUCAAAAGCCAUUCGAUUUGAAAUACCCUCUUAUCUUUCACAACUUGAUUCUUUGUUUGAUCAGUGCUUAUAUCACUAUUGAAGCUGCUCGUCAAGCUUAUAUAAAUGAUUACUCUUUAAUGUGUAAUCCUGUAGAUUAUACCGAAAGAGGUAUUGGAAUGGCAAAAGUACUUUGGUUAUUCUAUUUUUCUAAAUACAUCGAAUUGAUGGAUACAGUAUUUAUGAUCUUGCGUAAAAAGUUUGAUCAAGUAUCCUUUUUACAUGUCUAUCAUCAUUCAUCUAUUAUUAUGUUAUGGUUUAUUGGUAUCAAUUGGACUGCUGGUGGAGAUGCAUAUUUAUCAGCAACUAUGAAUUCAUUGAUUCAUACAUUAAUGUAUGGAUAUUAUACAUUGGCAGCUUUAAAGAUUGAUGUUUGGUGGAAACGAUAUUUGACACAAUUACAAUUACUGCAAUUUGUAAUUAAUUUGGGAUCAUCUCUCUAUGCCAUCUACUAUGACUGUCCAUUCCCAAGAUGGAUGUUCUACGCUAUGAUCAUCUAUAUGAUGUCGAUGCUUUUCCUCUUUGGCUCUUUCUAUCUACACACUUAUAUUCAAAAGGGUAGAAGAGGUCCAAGACCAUCAUCAAAGUCAUCAUCUUCAACAACCACAACAAAGAAAUUACAAUAA